AUGCCUUCUUCCGGUUCACAUCAUGAUGUUGACAACGAGGCCCUAGGACAGUACCUUCAUAGGUCGGGAAAGAUACCGGGCCUUCAGCUACCGGUUACAACAACCAAGAUUGGAUAUGGCCAGAGCAAUCCAACGUAUUUUCUUGAUGAUGCAGCCACACUAACAAGGAACUCUUUCUCUACGCGGAACAGCGGUGCAAGGUUCAUCUUAAGAAAGAAACCUCAGGGUCAGACGAUUAGCCCAGUAGCCCAUCAGGUUGACCGGGAGUUCAGAGUCCUUCAGGCCCUUGGCUCUGUUCCCAACUUUCCCGUUCCCAGGGUUUUCACCCUGUGUACCGAGGAAUCGGUCAUAGGAACCUCGUUCUACGUUAUGGAGUUUGUGAAAGGCAGGAUUCUCACCGAUGCGAGUCUGGCAGAGCUUUCACCAUCGGACAGGCGCAAAGCCUGGUUUUCCGCAACAGAGACCCUUGCCUGGCUUCACUCGCUUGAUCCAGAUGCAAUUGGUCUGGAAGGUUACGGCAAGAAGAAUGGUUUCUACGCUCGUCAUUGCGACACUUGGAGCCGCAUAGAAUCUCAACAAGCGGCUGUUAGGGACAAGAAGACGGGUGAGCUCCUUGGCCGAGCUCAUGAGAAGUAUGACGACAUCAUGAACUACGUGAGGAACAACCUCCCCGGUGAGCGGUUUGCCAUUGUCCACGGAGAUUUCAAAUUUGAUAACUUGAUACUCCACCCCACGGAACCAAGAGUGAUUGCUAUCCUUGAUUGGGAGCUGUCAACUAUUGGACAUCCGCUCAUGGAUCUCGUCUAUUUUAUGAGUCCAUUCUUUGAAGACCACAUCAAGCCCGGCCAGUCAAUCACAGGCCCCCCAGAAUCCCUUCGGUCAGAGAAUCGAAAGUCUACAGGCAUCCCCGAACCAGCAGAGCUCCUAGAUCGCUAUGCGAUGAUUGUCGGGUUUGAUCCACGCAAAGACGGCAGCGGAAAGGACUGGGAGAUUGCAACGAUCUUUCACUAUGCUCGCUCUGGUACUAUCAGUCACGGUAUUCAAGCACGAACGAUGAAAGGCCAGGCCAGCAGCGAGUUUAGCCACAUUUAUUUCGAGAACACGCAUAAGGCGUUGGAUGCUGCUUUUAAACGGGUACAGAGGCUGAAAGGGGACAUAGGUAACGGCCAGAAACUUUAG